ACGUGAGCUUGGUCGCAAUCGGGUCUUUGUUUAUCAGCCAUCGUCGUCGUCGGGAUUCCAUGAGAGAGAGAAAACGAGAGCAGAUUCUGUCAGGAUUUGCUCUGUUUUGGCGAGGACCUCUCUCGUGGGUUUAUAAAACAUCCUUGCAACGCCACGUUGAGCUUCAGUUCGUCGCGAGAGCUCCAACCGUUCGUGUGUUUGGAUAAGGAGGCAUCCCCUCAGUGAAGAUCCUUGCAAAGAGCGACAUCAAAGCGAGCGCGGAACGAGAGCUGACGCAAGGCAUUAUAUUAUGCUAACCGUACUGCAGCAGCAGCAGCAGCAACCUAAAGAGUGUGGGGUGAAACGGGACCACCUCUGACGACGACGCCAUGAAAAGCCACCAAAUUGAUACUCGCCAGGUGGAGUGGAAGCAGUGAAGCCAUCAGCCAAAGGGCCAACCAACAAAACCACAAGGACCGGCGAAAAUAAGAAGGAAAAACCGCUCGAAAUUGAAAGUGUAAAAUUGAGGAAGAAUAAGUGAAAUAAAUUGCAUUUGCCCAUCGAUUCGGAACUCCCCCUGAAACCAUGAUGGGGGCAGGGUUGUUUCCGCUUCUGAUCUACGUCGUGUCGUCCUGGGUGCUCCUGGGGGGUCCUGGACCGGCGUCAACGUUGGCCGCCGCAGCCGUUACGAGUGUCGAAGAUUUUAUCGUGCUUAAUAGUGCUUGUUAUUACGAGAGCGAUUACGUGAAUGAUAAUUUGCGAUUGCGAGAUCUUGUCGCAGCCAGUGAUGUGAUAAUAAAAGCAUUCGCCGGAGAUGGCAAUUACCUACGUCCUGGGUUGGUGGCUUCCGGCCGGGAACCAACGACGAACGGGCCGGGUGGUAGUGGCGGGAGGGAACAGUCGGAAAAUCACCGCCCUAACGGAGGCAGAAGAAAUCGUACCGUCUCGGACGGAUUCGCCCCGGAACAGGAGCACGGAAAUGAAGAAAAUGGAAAUGCAAGUUCCAUUAGCGAAGCGGAUUUCGUUCUGCGGCUCGAGCCAACCAUCGUCUACAAGGGAAACGAAGUUUACAAGAAGCUUAAGCUGAUCAAUUGGCAGCAUUACGUCGUUAUCAAAAGCAUGGCAAGCAGCAGGAGCAGCAGUAAAUUGAGACGAAGCCCAACAACGACGAUGACGCCAAGUUCUUCCGCCCAAAGCGCCACAAACUAUAUCAGUAGCCGUAGUAGAUCCAAGUGCAAUAGGACCAGACUUAUCACUAGGAACAUAAAUAAUAGCAGCCAUAGCAGCAGCGGGACGACGGAAGUCCACGCCGAGAGUCGGACUUUCAACAGUAGUUCGAGUAGCAGGACGACGACGAUGCAAGACAAUAAACUUAGCCGUAGUAAGGAGACCGGCAGUAACACUACUAGCAAUAAGAGCAUCGAAGCCGGCAACACUGCAGAAAAUAACACCCGAGAGCCGCUUACGGUUGCCAGCGUCUUCAGUGAGUUAUUGCCAACCGAGCUAAUAAUCUUCGGGAGGUUAGACGAUACUGGCAAUCUGCAAGUCGAUCUCUUCAGUGGACUGCUCCACUGGGAUGAGGAGCUGCAGAAUGCAAUCUGGCGGGAACUGGGUUGGAGCGACUGGAGCGAGUACACCCCGUGCAGCGUGUCCUGUGGCAAAGGGGUACAGCAGCGAUUUCGGCAUUGUUUGAAGAGCCCCCAGGCCGGGCAUGAGGACGACACACAUCACAGCGGGGCCAGCAGAACGAUGUCAUCAACGCGACGAGUGACACCGACGGCGGCGGCGUUCCGGCAGCCCAAGCCGUAUGUAAAUAUCGAGCAGCAGCAUCCCCGGAAGGACGGCGGUGGUGGCGUGAUGAAUAAUGAAAAUGUAAAUCCCUCGUCGCUAUUUACAACGCCGUUGACGGCAUCGACCCGGGACGGCGGGGGGACCGUGAAGCCCACAGUGGCAUUCGCCACCACGACCCAGGAAGAGGAAGAUGAAGAAGAUGCCUUCUUCAGUGGUGAGGACGAAGAAGAACAAGAGGCAGAGCGUGAUGAAGAUGAGGAUGCCAACCCGGGUGCAGAACCUCCGGCAGGUCGAGACGCUCCAGUGUCAACGGCAGAUCUUCAGCCUGCAAUUGAGAGGCAUUUUAAUGAAAGCACUAAUGCAAAUAGUGGCGAAAGGAGCAUUCGACGGCGACGAAGACUUCGCCGGCUCGGGGGCAUUCUUCAGCAGUACCAGAAACAUCAUCCCAGUGAAAGAAGGGGUGGUGGAAAAAAGCACAUCACCGCAGCGGCAGCAGAUUCUGGCGUCACCGGAUUCUGCGAGGGUUAUAACAUUGAACAAAGAAGCUGCAACAUGUUCGAGUGCACAGGUACCCUGGAUCUCCUGGCAGCCAGUGACGGUCAUCAAUCGACCGGUGGAGGACCAUGGGAUAACCAGUUUAACUUCCACAUCAGUCAAAUGAAGAGCAACUUCACUUUAUUGCUGAAUCUUCGUUCAAGAAAGUGGCACCAUCGUCCGCCCACAAAUCAGCCCAACUCCGGCCAGCAUCCAGCGCCGAUGUCCUCGCCAACGACGUCAACGCCCAACACCAUCGUGUCGCUCCGGUCACAACUGGCGGCGGCCUCAAGUUUGUCGAUAAAUUUCGCUAACGAUGGUCACGGCGGGCUGAAAGUAAUUCAGGAAAAGUUCGGCCUCUCGGAGAUGCUGCCGGUGGAGCGGAAUUUAUUGGACGGCAAAUGGCACUCGGUUGCCCUCAGUGGAAGGAGCGGCGGAGGCUACAUCGCCGUGUACAUCGACUGCCGGUGGGCCAACUCGUUCGUCCUCUCGAGGGGAGCCAUCGAACUGCCGCAGUAUCCGGUGAUUGAGGCCGGCCACGAUAUUGAACUCGGCCAGCUCACGUUGGUCCCGGGCGAUACGGCAGUACGACUCCAGUGUGGCACCGAUACAAUCCCCAUCACCGACAUCGAGAACCGACAAGUGACCAGCUAUUUCGAGGGAAUAAAUUAGCAUUAAGCACAUUGGCCUUUCGAGUCGAGCAUUUUCUUUUGGGAAAUUCUGCGGAAACACCACUCGCACACAUACCGAGUCGAACACAACCGACCGACCAGCAGAAUGAAUUUUCUACCAAUAUGACCAUGGGAAUUGGAAAAUUGCAAACAUGUGCCACCCAGAAAUGAUUGAACUGUCCUGUCGAGGAGGACUUUCAAUACGGAUGUUGAACGGUUAUUUUGAAUGAAAUAUCGCCGGGAUGAAAUGGUAAUACAAAAUAAAACCGUCCUGCAUAAGGGAAAUUCUUUACGAAAGCUGCAUUUAUGCCGAAAAAACUGUUGUGAUUUUGAAAUUCAGGUCAUCAAUUCAGUGGUUAUGUUUAUGAUUGAAAUUCGGCAAUGACACAGUCUAACAGAUAUUUUUUUAUGAUUUUCCUGAACCAGAAUUUUCAAGUUAUUCCCAUUUCAAAUAUUGAUUUUUGCAUAUUAGUGAUGCUCACUAGAAUUGAUAAAGAGAGAAAUAAAAUAAAUUAACAAGUUUAACUCUUCAUUCAAAUACAGUUUUCGUAAAGAAUUUCUCAUGACUGAUUUAUUCGACGCAGACAAAUAUUUAUGUCGCCACAACACGGCCACUUUCACACUUACCGAUUAAUUGCUUUGCAAAUAAAUGGGCAACAGAAAAGAAAAAUCAAACAGUUUUCUCCACUUUAAAAAAGUCUGUGUAAAUAGCUCUAACUAGAACAGUGCGCUAGCUGCAAUACUAAUAUCAGUUUUCCACAUCGGUCUUAACUUUACAACAAUAAACAAUAAACAAAGAUACAACGGCAAACAAUAAAUGUUGAACAGGAAGUGAGUUCAAGUAUCAAAUAAGUAAAUUACAUAAUAUUACAGAUGCAAAUCAGAGAUUCUAUAGUUGAAACACACAGUUACAUCCGGCACACAUACAAAGCAGAAAAAAAAGAAGAAGAAGAAGAAAAUAGAGAGAGAGAGGAAUAUAUGUUUACAUGAUUUAUUGCUAUUUUACAGAAUUUCAAGCCAAAAUCGGCAUGUAGAACAGCAAAUCGCAACUCCAAAAUGUGUUGCAAGCUGUAACAACGUGUAACAAUAAACCAAAAAAUAAAUAAAAGUGCGAAUACUCGCUGCGAAAUGUCCACAAACUGCUGCAGCAAGUCAGGAGGGUGCAAAGUGCGCUUGCUAAAGUGAAAAUUGAAAUGAA